AUGUCUCUGAAUCUUGAUCAUGAUCAUGAGCGGCUACUGUCUCGGUUCGACAGCCUCGUGGCCAGUGGAGUGGUGACUUACCAUCCCUCGCGAGUGACCGAGAUCGAAGACCACGGGUUCAAGUUCAGAUAUGAAAUCACAGAGUCCCUCGCUGGGAAACCUGCUGCAGAACUGGCCAUUCGAGCUCCCGAAUUGACCCCUGCCCAACUCUCAGCCUCGCGGCCGCAGACCUUCGGGUCCGGCAGCGACAUCCCAAACGCUCACCCCGAUCUGCUGAUAACGACGAUCAACGACACGCAUCUUCUUGUCGUCAACAAAUUCGCUGUCUUCCGGCCACACCUUCUACUGCUGACGGUCGAUUCGUAUCAACGGCAGCAUCUGCCUCUGUCUCUGGUCGAUCUCAAAGCAGCACGGACGUUUCUGACCAACACUCAGGAUCGCUUCUAUGUCAUUUUCAAUUGCGGUGUCAAUGCUGGAGCCAGCAGGAGCCACAAGCACAUGCAGGUGCUCCCGCAUCCUGAUGCUCUUCCCCCUACUGCUCAAGGCUGGCGGUUGUUUCCCGACUAUGACCCUCCUUUGGUGUCGGGGUCAAUUCCUUUCGUGUAUUUCAUCCGCCACUUUGAACGUUCUGCCGUUUCUGGACCGGAGCUGUUCGAUGCAUAUACACAUCUUCUUCUUAAAUGCAGGCGUGUUCUGAACAUUCCUGACGACCAGGUGGAAUGCCCGCACAAUGUGGUGAUCACAACCAAGUGGAUCCUGACCAUCCCACGAUCGAAAGAGAAUGUUGAUUGCACGACGGCCAACAGUGCAGGAAUGAUGGGUUCGGUUUGGCUGAGGAAUGAAAAGCAACUGGAGAAAUGGAUGGCUCAGGGGCCGGCGUGGGUGCUCUCGCAAUUGGGCUUGCCGGCUGAAGAGCUGCCAGGUGGCUAG